UAUAGAUUUGGAUCGGUUGGAUCAUUUCUUGGGUAGCGGUUGUUGUAGUUUCUGUAACUGUGACUUACGUGACAAAACAUUUACGCUCUGACCGUUCUGAUGGCGCUGGUGAGCAGACCGCAAUGCAAGCCAGAAAGGUUGCAUGGUAUUUUUUUGGUACCAUCGUUUCCCAAGGUUCGAAUUUAUUUUUCAACAGUAUAUCGUCAUUACUCAUUAGCUAUACAAACAUACAGUGAUUUAUUUUACACCAAUAUGAGCAAUAUUGGGUUUUCCAAAUAAUAGGGCUCCGCUUUCCAUCGAGUUAUGUGUCACAGAGACUGUUGGCUGCAGCCUGGUGCCUCAUAGCUUUCGUGUUUGUCAACGUCUACAGUUCCACGUUGACUUCUUACAUGUCGGUGACUUACCAAAGACCCACAAUCAAUUCUGUUCGUGACUUGGCGUUCACACCGUCAUACAAGGCGACUGUCAUAGCUGGAUCCAUUCAAGAUAUUGAUUUACAGCGAUCGCGUAAUGAGAUUCUGAAAAUAAUUGCCGAAAGAGUUGAAAAAUGUUCGUCCGAUUGCAAAAAAUUCAACUUAAUUGAUUUGGCCACAACAGUAUUGGAGAAAGACAAUUACGUUUCAAUAUUGCCUUAUACAGUCGGCAUACUGCUUUUGAAAAAGUACAACUCCGAAAGAACACAAUGCCGUCUGGCCUUGGCUUACGAGAAAAUGUCGUGGAAGCCCAUGUUCUAUGGAGUCCCGAAAUCUAGUCCUUACAUAGAGGAAAUUAACCAAGGAUCCCUAAGAUUUAUAGAUAGUGGACUGCGUGACUAUUGGUACAGAAAUGAGGAAAAAUUGCCGGCGCAAUGUCAACUGAACUACAACAGCAAGGGCGUCGCGUCCAAGAGAUCCAGCAGCCGAAUCAAAUUGGAGCAGUUUUAUCUGCCAUUCCUCAUUCUUUUCGCUGGCUAUUUGUUGGCACUUGCGCAAUUCUGCCGCGAACAAAUUGGGCGUUGCCUCUCGACGAAGAAAAAUUUAAAACUCGUUAUUUUGAAUGUAAAGAAUAAAGAGGAAAAACUGAGCCCACGAAAUUAUGAUGGGCGAAAUAUUGGCGCUAUAUUACCUUAAUUCCAAAAGUCGAUCAAGUCAUAAACAUAGUUUAGAUGGCGAUUUAAAAGUAUACUUUUAAAUCGAUUUUCUAUAGAAAAUAAUUAAAAAAUUGUCUUGUAUGAUCAGCACCGACGAUCAGAAUGAUAUAAUUAUAUAUGAAUAAGUCUCUGAUCGAUCCCUUAAUAUAUUCUUACUUGUAGAGCAACG